AUGGCCCAAUUGAGUUUCAAAAAAGUGGGCAAAUUUAUUCAAAAAUUUGACCACCUUUUUCAAAAAUUCGUCCAAUUGACGGCGGACACACUGUAUCAUAGUUGGAUUAUGAAUCAAUCAGAGACCAUUCUUCAAACAAAUAUCAUGGGUGCCAUUGUAGGUAUCAAUGUAGUGUACAAAGCCAUGAAGAAAUGUAGCCGAGAUAGUCAAAUUGCCGCUGUCUCCUCUGUUUGUGGUCUCUUUAACCUAUCCAUCUUAUUAAGUUAUGGUGCCUUAAAAGCGGCUUUUCUGAGCUAUUGUCAUGAUUUGCGUGCUUUUGGUAAAGACGAUCACAUUACAGUGAACACGAUUACUCCGGUAUAUAUUACUACGGCCAUUACUCAAAGUUCGUCCAGAAAAAACAAACAUUUAUAUUUGACAGCAGAUUACUUUAGUCAGCAAGUCAAAAUCGCUCUUGAAAAUAAUAUGCCACUUAUUUCGUUACCGCUCCAUCAAUAA